CCGAUAACACUUGAUAAUACGUUUUGAUCACUUGACUGGUUUUAAAUUAUACAACGCACAAUAUCAUUCGUUUAAAUCGUACACACAUAGAUUCACUCGUCGUUUAAAUAGAUAUGUGUAAUGUUAUAGCAACCAUAUAGAGCAUAUUCUAAUUACGAGAUGUAAAAGGGCGCAAAAUACACUCAGUAGUCUAAAAUGUUAUGAUGGAAAGUGAUGGUCAGUGCGUCCAGUGUAGCAUUGGUGAACAAAAGACAAGGAAAUAUACAUGUACUACAGACAGAACUAUUUUAGGCGAUGAUUUAAGAUCAAAAUUAUGUUGUAGUGGUAAAUCGGAAAGUGUUAGUGUUUCAAAUAAUAACAGUAGCAUACACUAUGAUCAAAAUGGAUAUGCCGGUGCAGUUAUGCCUGUCAUACAUCAACAACAAGAAACAGUGAUACACAGUUAUAACGAAAACCUGGCUCAGACAAAUGAUUUAAUUCAGCAGAAACAACAAUUACUGUUUACACGAACACAACAUAGGGACAGAAAUGAAAGCAGAAGUACAAAACAUACAAAGUUCAGAUCAUACUCGAAAUUUGAUAUCCGAGAACAAUCCUUUAUUGGUUGGACAUCUACCAGUACUUUACCUAUAUGGAUCUUUGCUAAGGCCGGCUUUUUUUACAAAGGAUUUGCUGACAUCGUUGCUUGUUUUGAGUGUGGUAUAGUACAUAGAAGAUGGCAAAAAGACGAUGAUCCGGUCAAAAUACAUAUUAUGCUGCAACCAGAAUGUCCGUAUAUAAUGAAUCUUGCAGGGGAAGGUAUUCGAUCAUGUGAACAACUUCAAACAUUCGAAAGUUGUGGUGAGAAUAUCGAAAUGAAUGAUGUGUCAACAGAGCAAAAUAACGUUGUAAUUACGUCUUCAUCUUCGAGCUCAGUAGAGUCAACAACAGACUCAAGACUGCAGUGCAAAGUUUGCCUGUCAAAUCCACUGCAGAUUACGAUCCAACCUUGUGGUCAUUUCGCCAUGUGUGAACCCUGCUUCACUCGAUUAAAAUAUGAAACGAACAAAUGUCCUAUUUGCAGAGUUCCAAUAAAAAAUGCAAUUCGAACAUAUGUAUGAACAUUUCAGCGAAUGGCAGACAUUUUAUAUUUCUUGUGUAAUACAAUUAUAAAAAGGAUAACAUUUGUUUAUAUCUUUGAACACCUUGAAAUGAAUAAUACAUAUUUUGUCACGCUUAUAAAGCCAUUGAUAUUAAAUCGCAGAUAAUUAACAGAC